CGGCGGGGCGUGGGGAGGAGCUGGGCGCGCGCGCACGGGCGGGGUCUGACGCCCGCCUGACGUGCUCGUUCGCCAGGCGAGCGCGGCGCGCGAGUCCCGGUGUCCCCGCGGCGGGCGGCUGCGGCGGUGGAACGCGGAGGGGGCGGAGGGAGCCCGCGGCGGCGGCGGCGGCGGCGGCGGCAGCAGCGGCGGCUGCAAGCACCGACAUGGCGGAGACCGUGGCCGACACCCGACGGUUGAUCACUAAGCCCCAGAACCUCAAUGACGCCUACGGGCCUCCCAGCAACUUCCUGGAGAUCGAUGUGAGCAACCCGCAGACCGUGGGGGUCGGCCGGGGCCGCUUCACCACCUACGAAAUCAGGGUCAAGACAAAUCUACCUAUUUUCAAGCUGAAGGAAUCUACUGUUAGAAGAAGAUACAGUGACUUUGAAUGGCUGAGAAGUGAAUUAGAAAGAGAGAGCAAAGUUGUAGUUCCCCCACUCCCUGGGAAAGCUUUUUUGCGUCAGCUUCCUUUUAGAGGAGAUGAUGGAAUAUUUGAUGACAAUUUUAUUGAAGAAAGGAAGCAAGGACUGGAGCAGUUUAUAAACAAGGUCGCUGGUCAUCCUCUGGCACAGAAUGAACGAUGUCUUCACAUGUUUUUACAAGAUGAAAUAAUAGAUAAAAGCUAUACUCCAUCUAAAAUAAGACAUGCCUGAAAUUUGGCAAGAAGGAGCAAAAAAACUUUCCUUGACUAUUAAUGAUUCGUAUGCACCAGUGAAGAAGUUGUAACUAACUUUUAGCAUGCUGCACAGAAACUGGUAUAACAUGCCUUCAGUAUACUAACACUCAUAUGCUGUUCUGUUUUGUUUUGGCAGUUGACAAGAAGUUAAUUUGCUUUGGUGAGAAUCCCUCAUUCCAGCCUUUAUCUAGAAAUAGCUCUUCCUUGCUGUUUGGUGGUGCACACUCUAGCCUCAAAAACCUGUUACUCCAGUCUAAUCUGCAGUGUCCUAACUAAAGUUACUGACGUGGUCUUCUCUGCACAGUUGUUGUGUCAUAUUUGCUUCUUCAAUCUGAUUACAGCUAGAACAUUUCUCUGAUCCCCUUUCUACUACAUGAUGUCACUUGACCUAAGGUAUGUGUAGGAGCACUACACCAUUGGUUCCCAGUACCCUAGAUGUAAGAUACACACUUGGGUACAGAAAGUACCUCCCUUCAGGCUUUACUACCCUUUGUGUGAAAGAUCAAUGAGGGAAAUCUUUAUAUUCUGUAUAAAAACAAAAUCAAAUUUAUAUACUAAAAAUCAUUUGUCUAAAAUUUUAAGUUGUUUUCAAAUAAAAAUGCAUUUCUGAUAUGCACU